CAAAAUGAAAUGACGUCACAAUAACGUUUCAACCGCCAAGUUAUGCAAACUAACGUCAAAAAUGAAAAUCACCGGUUGUAUCAGAAAUAUUUUUGGACGAUAUUUGUAAUCAAAAGAUAUGACAGUGACACCAGUACCGUGAUGGGGAGGAAUACAUACAUAUGGGCGCCUUUGUUGCUGAUCUCCCUUCUGAUCAGUGAGGGAAAAGGCUAUUUGUCGAAUCCCAAAUGUCGGCCAUUUUGUCGACUACCACAGGAAACAGAUGAAAGUUGCAAUGGCCUCAGAUUUGUUUUCUCGUGCAUCAGCAAUGUCUGGUUGAGAUGUACUUAUGCUGGAAAACUUCAUUGUUCAUGCGAAUGGUGGGACGCACUAAAUAAUUUAGAGAUGCCGGUGAAAGAUGUAGAGACGGUGAAAAAGUCAACUGUCUUCGAGACUUGCCUCUCUAAUUUAAAGAGUGACUGUGAAAUAUGGAAGGAUAAAUGGAAUCAUAUUCCCUGUGCAAAAAUAACAAGGGAAGAGGACCCGACAGACCCCAAUAACCCACAACUUCAACUGAAGCUGUCAGAGAUCCGUGCUGGCAUCAUGCGGAUACCGGACGGAGCCAAGCGGAGACAUCUCCUGAUAAAUCUACACGCACUGGUUCAAAGAAAAGCCUGGUCACAGAAAUCGAUAAAUGGCACACAUAACACUGUGGCCUCUACACCUGUACCUGAGAGAAGUACGUCGUCUAAAACCUUAGUAACCCAGAACAAAACAGUUCCACGAGCCAACACCCAAGAGAAGAAAGACCCAAUAUCAAACUACACAGUUAUCGAUUGGAUGGAUACUAUAGACGGAUGGCACAAAAAGAUUAUGUUUGAACACUGGGAAAGGGUAUCAGAAGCGGACAUAAUGGAGACGCUCCGAAGAAGACGGAUGUUCCUGUUGAUCUUCGGAAUCCUUCUGGGUUGUAUCAUCUUCGUUAUUGUCAUGCUGUUUACCAUCAAGUAUCAAUCAGACAAAAAUGUUCGUAAGGAUAUCUGUUUUGAUGGUGAUUUGGAUGCUAUGGGAAGGAAACCAGAGGAAUCAUUAAGUUUCUUGGAUAAAAUUCGUAAGAAUAGGAAGCAAAAAGAAAAGAAUCAACAAAGAUUUCAUCAGACGAGUUCGUUAGUGUUGUACCCUGAAAAGUCAUCAAAACAAAAGAAAGAAUACGGAAGAAAGCCACACAUUUCCAAAAGUUCCAGCAAUUUACAAAUAGACAGUAAAGACAAUAUUCACCAAGAUUCCGUUGACCUCGUUACUCAGAGUCGUGACCCACUUACGGUGGACCUCAGACAGAGUACCUCGAGUUUGGACCUCGGGGAUCGUUUGUUUCCUUCCGGCAUGAUGAGAAGUUUUGGUGCAGAAAUUAACAGUCCACCACCACCUCAAAAAUCAGCAAGCUUAGAGAUACCAAAAAACACGACAGAACCUUCUACGUCAGCAUUUGUGCGUGAUACGUCACCAGCAGAAAUUAUUCCUGUGAACGAGGUCAAAACUAUUAAAAUUUCCACAAAAUCUUUGACGUCAUCCAGUGAUUCGUACACAUCAUCAACGACAUCUUCCAGCAGUUAAUUCUAAUUAUAAGCAAUUUCAUUAAGAUCAGUUAUUGUUUCCUAAAAUUUUAUUUGUAUAAAAAAUAAAAUAAAUAAAAUUGU